AUGCUUUCUCUACAAUCUCCAGUCGAGCUACCUCUACCCCUAAUUGUACCUCCUGAUGGUUACGCAGCAACUAGCAGACUCAUCGGAAUCCCAGAGGGCUUUCUUGAAACUAUUCAACCUCUAAUCGAAGACGGCUGUAUUAGUGUACGCAGAAAUGAAUCGGCCUUUGAAGCUCCGUUUAAUGGAAUGUGGGUAGGACAUUUUAGAAACGGGAUGGAUUCAAAGUUCGUACCCACGAGUAGUCGUCUUUCUUUGAAGAGCUACGGUCUGAACCCAACGGAAAUUAAUAUUGAUAAACUUGCUAGAGAAGCUGGCGUCCUACCGGCUACUGUUAGUCGCGUAAUGCUUCAGAAGAACGGCCAGCCCCUUGGUAUUGGAAUAGUCGCAGCUAAGCCUGAAGGCAAUGCUCCAUAUGGAAUAUAUAUCCGUCAUAUAGUUCCAGAGAGCGUAGCAGCACGAGACGGCCGUUUAGAAUAUGGCGAUCAGAUCCUUGCUAUUGCCAACUCGUCUCUAGUUAACUGCGACCAAUCGGAGACCGCUGUGGCUAUUUUGGCACGUAUUACGAAUACCGUUCAUCUUGUGGUUGCUAAGAGGGCAGCACAGGCAAGGGGUAUAAUCAACUUAAUCAAUUCUGCUCAAAGUGGACGACCCCUACCAAAUCCUAUGAGUCGUUCCAAUGUUUCUCUCAACAGAACCACUUCACUGAAUCAUGUUAAUAUCGAUGAUAUUGACGAUGAUGAUGACGACGAUGAUGACAGUGAAGACGUUGGAGCAAAGUUUGGUUCAAGAAUGUCGCUUGGAAAUUCCGCCUCUCAAAACUCUAUAUUCCCUCCCAGAAGCACGGAAAUUUUCUCCAACACCAGAGGAAAUAACCCAUCAAGGAUACGUCAAUUUGACGUCUCCUCCGAUGAAAUCACCAGCGAAGAAGGUAGCGAUGAGGUUUGGCAGCAGAAUGAGAAAGCGUUGAAUCAUAACCACAAAACUUCUAAUGAAAGACCAUCACCGCCCAAUGAAAGCCAUUCUUUCCAGCCAUCGCCGGCUAGUGUCCAGGGCUCGCUUGAUAAUUACAAGUUCCGAUCGCAACAGGAUCUUAGAUCAGCCGGCCUUUCUGGUGCUAUAUCUAACGCCACUGGCGACAUCAUUCAAGGUUCAUCAGACUGGAAUGAGGUCGCUAGACACAAUGCCGAAGUCAUCGAUGAUAGGGAAAACAGACGGAUUUCUCCAACUCUUUCCUCUCUCUCCUCAACAAAAUCUAUUAUUACUCAGGAGGAAAAGAAAGGUCCAUUAACUAUCUCCAAGCCAUUGCAAGAGGGUGUCUAUACAAAUGCCUCGGAAAUGACUUCUGGCAGCGACGAUCAACUUAUGAGCGUGAAGCAGCAAAUUUCGUCUGGAAACCGGGUCAACACUGCUGAGAAGAAUACUUCCCCAUUGAACAUGUCACCUGCUAAAAGUGUUACUGAUAAGGCAAUGCAGACAAUUAUAGAAACUACAAACGUGAUCGAUGAAACGGAGACUAAGAAGAGUUCUUCCCAAGUUUCUCUCCAGGCAUCAGCGGUUCAAACUGAACCUAUUCAAAGUUUUCAAAUAUCCGAACAAAUUUCGACAUAUACGCCUCCACUGAAUAGGUUACCAAUGAUAAGGCACCCUGACACCAGUCAAACUUCGUCUACCCCAAAUCCACCCGUAACAGGAAGAGUUCAAGUUGAAGACGUUACAAAAGCUGUUGUCAAUCCAUAUGUUGGAAGAUUUCAACAACAACAACGUCAGCUGUCAUCAAGAAGCCUUCCAAAAGUUGAAUUACUAACCACAUCGUCCUCUUAUUCGGAUUUACGAACGCCCUACUCGACAGCUUCAGUAAAUACAGAUGCACGAGCUGAGCCCAGCACCAUUCAAUCGGGAGUAACCUAUUGGUCCUCUCAGACAGAUUUGGCUUAUACAGAAAUAUCACCUCCUCCAGAACCGACAGCUGAUUUUCCCCAAUACCACCCACCAGAAAGACUCGAACCAUCCGAACUCGCCAUUAAGUUUGGUGAUGUGGGGACCCCAAAAAGGUAUCAGAAGGAACGCUCACCCACAUCCCCUUCAGCUUCAUUGAGUGUGUUUGGACCUCCUGCAAGCCGGUAUAUGCCAGAGAGAAAUAGUAGUCGAGAUACUUCCCCACUUAGAAUAGAUCUUAUUCAAAAAUCAAGAGAGUUGACAACGUCGAAUCAAAUGCUUCGGUCAAGUAGCCUGAACCGUUUUGGACAACAGGAGCCAGUUGAUAACCAAUCAAGGCAGUUGCAAGAGUUGUCGGGAGAAAUUCGUCGAUUGGAGGAUGCCGUUGCAGCAAAUCCGAACGUGGAUUUGGUGCGUGACUUGGAUAGACUGCGAGUGGAAUAUCGAUUCCAACUUCAAUUGAAUGAUAGAGGUCGAACAAGAUCGCUUACUGCGCCGUAUAUGCGAUCUCCGGAUGUUGUAAGUUCCAGGCAAACAUCUUCAAAUAUUGCUCCUUCAAAUGCUACGAUAAACAGACCGAUGGUACCGAAUAUUUCAUCGAUUAAUGGAUCAAAAUCUAAGUCUAUGGAUGACUAUGCAAAUGAAAGAUUGGAGGCCAUUCGAAUGCAGGAACAAAGAUCUCGUUUAUACGAGGAAAGCUUCAAUUCCAAACCUGAUUCCGAUUACAAGUCCAAUAAGCGCAUUUUUACCUCGCCUCCACUUUCAUCUGUUCCGCCGAUGCAGCCAAAAUACACCUAUCAGGUUGAAUCAGGGCCCUUGUAUGAUGAAAUUACUUCAAUUACUGCUCCACCAAUUACACCGCGCUUUACUCAAACAAUCCGCCAACCUUCACCUUCCACUGCUAAUUCAUUCUCCGAGCAUCGGGAACCCUCAUUUUCUAGAGGAGCUGAGUUAAGGGCUAGUAGGAAAUCAGUCACUUUCGACACUAAUUUGGAAUCCGUGACUCUCUACUCCCCACAUUCAACUCCACCAGACAAGUCAACCGGAAAAACCGAUCAAACAAGACGACCUGUGGCUCGUGCUGAAAAUCAACCCAUCACACGUAUUAACCAACAGCCGACUAAUGCGAAACGAGAUUUUGGCUUCAAACCGAGUGUAACACAGCCCGAAAACGCAGAGAAUCUGUCAUUUAAGGAUAAAAUGGCCUUUUUCGCAAAAGCGAUUGGAGACGACAUGCCGAAAGAUCGUUUCAAGGCAUCGCAAAAGGAGCGUCAGAUAAUGAAUAGUCUUGCACGCUGA